AUGGCUGCAGGUGAUCUUAACUUAUUAAAAUCAUGGAAUCCAAAAUUAAUGAAAAAUAGGAAAAAAGUUUGGCAAACUGAGCAAGAUUUAUUAACUGAAGAACAAAAAUUUAAAGAAAGACAAAAAGAAUUAGAUAAAGAACAUGAUUUACAAAAUUUAUUAUCAUCAUCAAAAGAUAAUCAACUAAAACAAAAAAAAUUAAGUGGUUUAGAAUGGAUGUAUGAUGAAAGAAUGAAUAAAGAUGAAAAUGAAGAAUAUUUAUUAGGUCAAAAAAAAUUAGAUAUUAAAGUAAUAAAUAAAGAUAACAAAGAAAUUGAAUCAACAAUUAUUGAAGAACAAAAGAUUAAAAAAUUAAAAUUUGAUUAUUCUAAUGAUGAUCCAAUGUCUAAAUUUAAUAAAGUAUCAAAAAUUCAUAAGAAAAAAAAUAAAAUAUCAAAGAAACCUUCAUCAACUAAUAAACAAAAACAAAAAUUUUCUAAAAAUUCAUUUGAUUAUUAA